AGACAGACAGACAGACAGAGACAGACAGAGACAGAGAGAGAGAGAGAGAGAGAGAGAGAGAGACAGACAGACAGACAGAGACAGACAGAGACAGAGAGAGAGAGAGAGAGAGAGAGAGAGAGAGAGAGAGAGAGAGAGAGAGAGAGAGACAGACAGACAGACAGAGAGACGAGCAGAGCAAAUGCCGAAGGCCGUAAAAAAAUCACGCGCGUGUGUGUGUGUGUGUCAGUGUGUGCGUAUCGAAGAUGGACCAGAGGUGAGUGGCGGGAUAUUUUGGCUGUGGGAGUCUCCUGGUAUAAAAUCAGCCGGUCCACCACCUGUCGGCACUCAGCUCUCGAUCGUUCAUCCAGUUCGGAUCAGCUCAGCUUCUGUGUUCACACACCCAAAACUCCAAAAACAAACAUGAAGACGAUCGCAGUAUUCGCCGCCCUCUUGGCCGUUGCCGCCGCUGCUUCCUUCCAGAAGAAUGAAGACGUCUUUGUUGUCAAAGAGACACCCUCUGACAACAUCGGCCUCGACAACUACAGAUAUGGCUAUGAACUGAGCAACGGACAGCAGCACGAGGAGUCCGCUCAGGUCGAGACCCGCAGCGCCGAAGAAUCCGUCCUCCGCGUCCGUGGAUCUUACAGUUUCGUUAUCGAUGGCGUCACCUACACCGUCAACUACGUCGCUGACGAGAACGGAUUCCAGCCCCAGGGUGCUCAUCUCCCCGUUGCUCCCGUAGCUUAAGUUUAGAUUGAUAGUUAUUUAGUUGAAUAAAAUAGUCGUAUUUGCCAAAGAAUUUAACCCUUUCUUUAUUUACCCUUUU